AGAAAACAUCGCGAUGAUGCUAAACGCUUUCCCUGCAAGUACUGCAAGAAGUAUAGGGGAUCCAACGGUUUCAAGCGUAGAGAUCAUCUUAUGCAACACGUCAGGAAUUAUCAUCAUAUUGGCGAGGAUGACCGGAAUGAACACAGGGGGUUCGGACGUGGUUGGUGCCCAAAAACAGGGUGCUCCCAUCACCAAGAACCUCCUCACAAGAUCGGAGAGAAAUUUGCAUUCUCUACCUCAACAGAAUACAUCAAACACCGCCGUACCAUCCAUGACGAGUCCGAUUUCCCGUGCCCACAGCCUGGCUGUGACCGCAUAAAUGGCAAGGGCUACUUCCGCAAGGCCGAUCUUCGCAAUCAUCUUCGCAAGGUCCACGGC